ACUAAAGUUUAUGCAUUAAAAAAAAAAGAACUUUUGAUUAAGUUUUGGAGUCAUGAGGUGUGUUACUUCGUUCGUAGUUUUGUGUAUUCUCAUGAUCCUUGUUUUGAACAAUGUUAAAGGUAAACUAUUAAAAAAAAAUAGUUUUGGUUUUUUGAAAAAUGAAAACAGUAGAAGUGGAAGCACAAACACGUUUUGUUACCGCGAAAUGGAUCAACGUAAUGUAAAAUAUAAGCUUUGUGACUGUCAGAACACCUUAUGGCGAAAGAAAUAACACCAUCGCUGCACAUGUUAUAUGACGCUUCCUUGCAAUCAUUAGGUAAAAACCAUAAUAUUUUUGCCAAAAGUAAGAGAUAAGGGACGACCGGACUUGAUUUAGUCAAAGAGCUUGAUUUUAUAAUUAAGAGAUAGGGGUGGACGACCUACCAUCCGAAUAAGUAAUUAUAACGUAACAAAACCAACGAGUUUGAUAAGUAAUCAUAGAGUAUAUAUAUAGAAGGAACAGUGCUUUCGCUAUACACAAAUCAGAGAGAUGGUUACCAAAUUUUAUAUUAUUGAGCGAUGUAUUAGAUAGAUGGCGUCUCCCUCCGUUUCUCACCAGAGAACGGGCGACGGAAUAUUCAUAAGGAAAAAGAACACUACUUACCUUUUUUUUUUUUCAUCCAUGCGUGAUGGUACAUAAUUGGCAAUUGCUGAGGUAUGGAAAAAGAAGUGAAACACCAAAUUUGUUGAAAAAUAAUUAAUAUACGGAUUAUAUGUUACUUACUCAACCCAUGUAUAGUAAUUAAGCCAUAUAUAUGAAUAAGAUCCCCAAUCAACGAAAACAUGCAAGUCAUCUUCUCCGGCUCUCCUC